AUGGGUGUUCAAGAGAAUCGCGGCCCAGAGGUUCAAAUCGUUGUAUGGAUCAUGUAUGUCUUGGCACUAGCGUCCGUGUUGCUUCGAGUGUACGUCCGGGCUGGAUUGCUCAAGGCUUUUGGGGCUGAUGACUGCCUCAUGAUCAUAGCUAUGGUUUCCUUUACACUGCACACGGGGUUCUGUCUCAGUGGCGUGGCACAUGGUACUGGCCAACACGCCUGGAAUCUUGACCUAGCAGACAUUUCUAUCGCACUCAAGAACUGGUGGUUUUGUUAUCUUUGGUACUGCACAACCAUGAUAUUUUCCAAAGCCAGCAUCGCGUUCUUUCUUCUCCGAAUUACACCUUUCCGGUCUCACCGUUUGACGAUAUAUAUUGCUCUCGGUAUCUCAGUGUUUAUCAGCACAGCCUUCUUUUUUAUCGCUAUGUUUCAAUGCUCCCCUAUUUCGUUCUUCUGGACACGCAUCCCGGGCACCGGAUCUUGCAUCGAUAUCGGCAUUAUCAUUGACAUCACCUAUGUAUACAGCGCCUUCGCAAUCCUAACGGAUUUCACUUUUACCUUGCUACCGAUAUGGCUUGUCAAGGACCUGCAAGUGGAUCGAAGGACAAAAUACGCCCUGAUUCCCAUUCUCAGUUUGGCAGCGGUAGCGAGUUGUGCCGUAAUCGUUCGAUUGGCCUACGUUCAGAAAUUCCGUGAGGCCGACUUUUUGUGGGCUACCACGGAUAUUGCUAUAUGGUCACAAGUUGAACAAGCAUUAGCGAUCGCAGCAGGCAGUCUUUCAACUCUGCAACCUCUCUUCCGUAUGGCCCUCGCACGACUUGGUUUUAAGAGCCUGUCAUUACAAAGUGGCGGAAUAGCAUCCCUAGGGCGAAAGCCCAAGGGAAGCAUGGGCUCGGGUGUAAAGAGCAAUGGCUUAUCAUCAAGCACCAGGAUUGCAUUACAAAGUCUCAACAGCCCGUCCACAUUCACUCGAUUAGGUGACAGUGAUAGUAACCUGGUUCAGGAGGGAAAAUGGUCCCCAUAA